CUUUUCGCAGGACAAACCAGAGAUUUCAUUUCUCAAUCGGAUUAUCGUAAAAUGGAAGUCAAACGAAGAACAGCGAAGAUGCUAGUUACCAAGCUAAGUUCCGUCUCCGAACAAACCAGAACAGAAGCCAUCUGCGAGCUCCGAUUGAUCACCAAGCACGAUCCCGACAUCCGACCAUUAAUCUCCGACGCCGGCGGCAUACCUUACAUCUCCGAGAUCCUAUAUUAUCCCUCCUCUGUUUUCCAAGAAAACGCCGCCGCAGUCCUCCUCAACCUCUCAAUAUCCGCUCGCGAAUCCUUAAUGUCAACCACCGGAAUCCUGGACGCCCUCUCCCACGCUCUACGAAACCCAACAUCACCCUCCGCCGCUCAAUCCGUCGCCGCCACUAUUUACAGUCUCCUAAUUGUGGAAGAUUACCGGCCAGUUAUCGGAUCUAAACGCGAUAUCGUAUAUGCUCUUGUUGACAUAAUUAGAAACCCUAAUUCUCUCCCAAGAACGAUCAAGGAUGCAUUAAUGGCUCUGUUUGGUAUCUGUCUAUAUCCUCUGAAUCGGGUGACUGUAAUUGAAUUAGGAUCUGUGCCGGCUUUGUUCUCGCUCAUAUUGAAGGAUGAUAGAGUUGGUGUGGUGGAGGAUGCGACUGCGGUGAUUGCGCAAAUUGCUGGGUGUGAAGAAUCUCCGAUUGCGUUUAGGAAAGUGUCUGGAAUUGGGGUUUUGAUUGAUUUGUUGGAUUCAAGUACGGGAUCUAGUCCGAGGACAAAGGAGAAUGCAGUUUCUGCGUUGCUGAAUCUGGCUAAAGGUGGCGAACGUGUCGCGGAUAUUAUUAAGGAAACUGGGUUCCGAUUAAUUGAUGGGAUUCAUGAUGUUGCAGAGAAUGGAAGCGUAAAAGGGAAAAUCAAAGGUUUGGCGUUGUUGAAAUUGAUUGGUGCAAAUAGAGAAUUGUUGCAUGAAUCGAGCUUUUGAUUUUUAGAUUGUUGGAAUUGUGAAUUCUCAUAUAUUUAUAAACUCAAAUAUUAAAUGUGAUUUUAGUGAUACUUUGCUUUUGUUUAUCCGGCUCCGACGAGAGUUCUCUCUUGUUUGGAAAUGGUCGUUUUGGGCAGUUUUAGUUCAUGCUAAUUGACUAGACUUGGUCCAUUGAUUUUAAGUAUAUUUAUUUAUUUU